AUGGAGAAGCGGGGGCUCAAGCGGUUCGGGAAGCUCUUCCACUGGAGCGAGUCUGAGGACUCGGAGCCGGAGAUGGGCGCGGAGACGCCGUCCCCCCGGCGGCAGGUCGGGAGCAGCAGCCUCCCGGAGGGGGAGCCCAAGAAGCGCUCAGCGUUCAGCCACUGGCGCCUGAAGAAGAAGAAGCAGCCGGGAGAAGGGGGCGGCUGCAUGUCCUUGUCUCCUGGGACCUCCACAACCAGAUACUCUGACAUACCAGAUAGACACUAUGUUGCUCAAGAAAACCAGUUGUCUUCAAUACCAUGUCCAGAUCCCCAGUUUUCUCAAACUCCCUCAGCAAUUUCAAUAUCUAUAACUUCAUUACCAACGUCAAGAAAGUCCAAAACACAGUCUCCGGAGUCUUCCAAAGAAGAGAACAAAAAAAAACCGGUAUUGGGAAAGCUUGGAAAUUUGUUUAGUACAGGGAGGAGAAAAAAUGCCAAAAAUUCACUAGAACCCUCUACAAGUCCAAAUAUUAAAAGUGGGAAAUCAGUUUCUCCUUAUAAGGAUACAGCUUCACUGAAAUCAAUAGAUAGUGAAGACCUAAAGAAAGAAGAAUGUACAAUUCCCCAAGUGCAGGAGGAAAGAAGUUGGAAUGAUCUUGCAGAGACACAAGAAUAUUGUGAGAAAAUAACACCUUUGAGUCACGAUAUUAUUACAGCAUGGAGCGGCAAGGAAGUCUUUUCCGAUAUUGAGUGGUCACCUGAUUGGAACAGUAGCACCGAAACAAUAAAAAACACAGUCUCUGAAAGUGACCUUACAGUGGAGACAUUGGAACUAAAAGAAGAGCCUGUUGUAGACAUUACUAAUUCCACAACACCGGAUUUCAUCAGAAGUUUGAAUAAUUUAUCUAGUGAAGACUUAGAAAAGAACAUAUUAAAUCAUAAACCACUAGUGAAUGUGCAAGGAUCUGCACAACCUGCGUAUGCAGCGUCAAAGGAAUUGCCACACAGUUUGAAAUCCAAAUCAGCUGAGCACGUACAUCCUGCUAGAGUUCUAACAUUAGAUAUCUAUCUUAGUAAAACAGAAGAAACACCUUUUAAUGAAUCUGUGACUUUUCUGUCGGGAGAAGUUUGGGGUGACACAGACACAAUGGAUAAAAAAUCUGUUACUAGGAGAUCCAGACAGAGGAGAAAAUCUCAGUCAUCUAGUGAGACUCUAAAUGGAGAGAGAAAUCAGACUGAGAAUACUGCAAAAGAAGAUUCUGCUUUUGGUGAUGUUCCUUCUGAUGUGGUUUCAGAAAAGCUAACCAACUCAGAAAGAAAAAUUAAAUCUCCUCAACAGACUUCUGAACGGAACUCUUCUACCUUGAGUAACCAGGACUUAAAAAUCGGAUCUAACCACAAGGGACUGCCUAAAACCGAAUCUGAGAAAAGCAAACAGCAUCUCCCAACUUCAUCCCCUUUCAGGAGAAGAUCAUUUAAAAAGAACCAGUCUGAUGCAGUCCCUAUUUCUCCCACUAGUUUGAAGAGUCCGGUAAAAGAUUCUUUACCAAAAAAGCAGUUUAUACAACCUGUGGCAGCAACAGAAGGUAACCCAACAACAAAAAGUACUUCAGUGGAAAAGGGAGCGGUAUCUGCACCUACUAGUGAAAACAAAGCAGAGACCUCCAAAGUUUCCUCUCCCAAUGAUACCGAGAACACUAUUUCUUUCCUUUCGGAAAGGAAAACUGAAUCCAAGGCAGCAAAACGUGUAAAUAGCUCUGAGGGAAGAGCUCUCUUGCGUACUGAAGGGAUUCAGAAUGGAGAACUAGGCAAAUCCACCGAAAACCAAGCAAAUUCCGAUUUAGACAGCACAAAGCUGAGAAAUUUAUGUUUGGAUGUUUCCAGAUCUACAGUUACAACAAAAAUUAGCCUUCCUGCCAAACCCAAGAAUGUAGAACUGAAUUUUAAAGCUCCUAAAAGUCUUGAAGACCUAGAAAAUGAACACAAUUCUCUUGAAAAGCCAGUUAAUAAAAUUAACAGCAGCAUUGCCAACAAAAUUUCCUUGUUUGAAAAUAAACGUGCUAAUCAGCGCCAGCAACCCUCUGAUGUCCCUGCUUUGAAAAAUAACACUGUAUCAAAUACAUUUGUUGGUAGAGCAAAGCUGAAAUUUGGAAAACAACCCCAGGAAUAUGAACAAACUGAUAAAAUAAUUAAUAAGCAAAACAAUCACGAGAAGUUACCUGAAAAUGUGUCACGGGUGAAAGAAGGCUCAGCAGAAAUAAAGGCCAAACCUGAAGAAGGCUCUCAAGUAGGAACGUUAGGUAAUGAGGAGGUUGAAAAGGCAGCAGAACUUAAGAAAGGAAAAGUUGCAGGAUCGCUGUUUAACCAAACAAGCAAAGCAGAUGCUAAUGGUUGCUCUUUAAGACAAGCAGAUGUAGAACCUACCACUAUUAAUAAAGACAGUUUGUUACCUAUAACUUCUUUACAAGACUUCAACAAAAAUGAAAUCUUAAAAGAUAAUGCUAAUAGAGCAAUGAAUGCAAGCUCAAAAUCCCACCAAAGUGACGAAAAAAUACUGUUAUCAAACAUAGAAAUCUCAUCUCCUUGUAAAGAUGAUAAAUGUCCCCUAAAAUCUGAUGUAGUUUCCAAAGAAUCAGAAUUAGGGCAGAAUGUGCUUUUUCAGAUACAAAAUGAAGGCAAAAAGACAGAAACAGUAGAGCCAAUCUCUACAAACAUGCAGUGUAACAAAGGCAAUUUAGAAAACAUACAAACAUUAGAGCAAAAUAUUACCAAUACGCAGCAAAGCCCAAGUAACACUGGUAAUAUUUCUCCUGGUAAAGAUGAGAGUAUUUCUGAUUCCCCUUCUGACAUGAAAAAGUUUACUGAAACUAUCAAAAACCUAGACAGUUCAGUUUGCAUACCCCAGAAGAAGAAAAGGCCAAAGCUUCCAAAUUCCCCUGCACCCCAUUUUGUAAUGCCUCCAAUUCAUGAAGACAACUUAGAGAAAGUAUUUGAUCCCAGUGUAUUUACAUUCGGUUUGGGAAUAAAGAGAGGAAAAACACAAGAUCUAGCACCAGCCCUGCAACUUAAAAUGCAGAACAGGGAUAGUACGGAUGGUGAAAUUAAGAGGUCCCGUCUGGAAAAAAGCGCUGUCUUCUCAAGCUUGCUGUCAUCUACAGCUAAAGGAAAGGUGUUUACUCCCUCUGUAACCUCAGUAAAUACUAUCACAACAACUUUCGCGACUGACUCCUCAGGGAUGCCUGCUUUACAACUUGAUGCAGCCAGACCAUUUGACAUGCCUCAAAACUCUGAGUCUCUUUCAGGUUUAAAAGUUCCAAAUUACAUGGAAAAAUAUUUGCAAACAGGAGAUGCAAAAGAAGAAUUAAAUUCACAAAUGCCAAACUAUGGAAGCACUGACAAAAAUUUCUCAAGCUUGUUAAAGUCUAGCUCAUAUGAACCAAAUAUCCGUUCUGGCUUUCUAGACGGAGAGGCAUUUUCAGGAAACAGCCAAAAUAAAAUCAAUCCCAGACCUGGCAAGAUGGUGAUAUAUAGUGAAUCAAACUCUCACAAGAAUGGUAUAGAAGUUUUUAAUGAUGUUUUGGAUUGCAGCUCUUGGGUGCUGUCAUCAGUGAUUUUAGUUAAAGUCAUCCGAGGAUGCUGGAUUCUAUAUGAGAAACCAAAUUUUGAAGGACCCUCUUUUCCUCUGGAGGAAGGAGAACUGGAACUCGCUAAUAUUUGGGGUGAAAAUACUUCUGAAGAGAAAGAUGAAUAUAACUCAGCUAAGCCCGCAGUGAUUGGUUCAAUUAAACAUGUAGUAAAGGAUUACAGGGUUUGCCAAAUAGACCUGUAUACAGGACCAGAAGGGCUGGGAAUUGUAACUUCAUUUUUUGAUGACACUGAGGAAACCGGUAUAUUUGGCACAACACAGAAGACUUGUUCUAUAAAAGUACAUUGGGGCAUAUGGCUAAUUUUUGAAGAACCUGGUUUCCAGGGAAUCCCUUUAAUGUUGGAGCCUGGUGAAUAUUCUAACUUAUCAUUUUGGGAGAAGAAGGAAGCAUACAUUAGGUCCUUGAAACCCUUGAAAAUGGGUGGCCGCAAAGUUGAAUCCAUUGAAGAGCCAAAGGUAAUCAUUUAUGAGAAGCCUUUCUUCGAAGGUAAACACAUGAAACUGGAAUCAGAAAUACUCACUCUUAUUGAGGAAGAAAAGCAAAAAGAAGAAUCUGGAGGAAAUAAGACACUGCCACUUAUAUCAGUGGGGUCCAUAAAAGUGUUGGAAGGAGUUUGGCUUGCUUACGAGAAACCAGGAUUUGCAGGUCAUCAGUAUUUGCUGGAAGAAGGCGAGUACCAGGAAUGGAAAGAUUGGGGUGGUUACAGUGAAGAGCUUCAGUCGCUGCGACCUAUUCUAGGUGAUUUCACAAACCCCCACAUGAUAAUGUACAGUGAAAAAGACUUUGGGACUAAAGGUUCCAGUAUUAAUGUAUUAGGAAUUAUUUCCAAUUUGAGAGACACUGGAUAUGGACUGAGGACACAAUCCAUACAUGUUUUAAGUGGAGUGUGGGUAGUCUAUGAGAAUCCUGACUUUACAGGAGAACAGUACAUCCUUGAUAAAGGACUGUAUCCCAGCAUUGAGGCCUGGGGAGGCAAGAAUAGUAAGAUCUCUUCAGUUCAGCCCAUAGUUGUGGAUACCAUCAAUAGCCAAAUGGGGAAAUUUAAGGUCCAGCUAUUUUCAGAGCCAGAAUUCAAAGGUAACAGCCAAAUAUUUGAGAAAAAUACCAAUUAUAUUGACGAUUCAUUUGCUACAAAGUCUUCAAAAGUUUUGGGCGGCAGUUGGAUUGCAUAUGAUAAAGAAGAUUUCUCUGGUAAUCAGUAUGUGUUAGAAGAAGGAACCUAUUCUAAUCUGUCUGCAAUGGGAUGUCCACCCCAAACAAGACUUAAAUCUCUACAUGUUAUAAACAUUGAGCUUUCUGAGCCAAGCAUAGCCCUCUUUGAAAAGAAAGGUUUCAAGGGGAAGAAAAUGGAGUUUACUACAGAAGUCUUAAAUCUCCAGUUUCUAGGAUACAAUCCUCGAAUAGCCUCUGUUCAAGUUUUUGGUGGCAUGUGGAUAAUCUAUGAAUACAGUAAUUACAGAGGGCGUCAGAUGUUGUUGUCACCAAAUGAAAUCCCAGACUGGCGUAAAUUAAGUGGCUGUCACCAGAUAGGUUCUCUACGACCUUUAUUACAGAAACGUGUAUACUUCAGACUUCGAAACAAGGAAACUGGGAACUUCAUGUCAGCUGAUGGAAAUGUGGAUGAUUUGAGUCUUCUCAGAAUACGGGUUACAGAAGAUAGUAGAUCAGAUGACCAGAUCUGGGUUUAUCAAGAUGGAUUCAUCAAAUGCAGGAUGGCUGAGGAUUGCUGCUUGACAAUUGUAGGAAACCUUAUAACUCCUGGCUCUAAACUAGGCCUAUCCCUCGAGGAGAAUGAAGACAAGCAAUAUUGGUGUGUUAAUCCUGAUGGCAGGAUCCAUAGCAAAAUGAAACCAACAUUAGUUUUAGAUAUCAAAGGGGGCACACAAUAUGAUCAAAAUCACGUUGUUGUUAACACGGUCAAUGAACAGAAGCCAACCCAGUGUUGGGAAGCAUUAGUUCUGUAA